CCACAGAGAGAGAGGCUCGGAAGGGCUCGCCCCGCCCUCCGCAGCUCGCUCGGUCCUCCCCUCUUCCUCCUCCUCCUCCUCCUCCUCCUCCUCGCCUCCCACUCUCCGCGGUCUCCUGGCGGCAGAGGCUUUUGUCUCCAGGGCUGAUCCCUCCCCCCACGUCUCCCCCAACUCCCCCCGACACACACAGCUGCCUCCCCGGGAGGAAGAGGCGCGGGAGCUGUCCAUCAUCCCGGUGCUGAACCCCGGAGCGCUCCUCGCCCGCACGGCUACCAUGUAAGGACCAUGCAAAGGGCUGGUCCUGGCGCAGCGCGGACAUGGAGGAGGACUUAUUCCAGCUCAGGCAGCUGCCGGUGGUGAAAUUCCGUCGCACAGGAGAGAGUGCAAGGUCAGAAGACGACACGGCUUCUGGAGACCACGAAGUCCAGAUUGAGGGCGUCCGAGUGGGCCUAGAAGCAGUUGAGCUGGACGAUGGGGCAGCAGUGCCCAAGGAGUUUGCCAAUCCCACAGAUGAUACGUUUAUGGUGGAAGAUGCGGUGGAAGCCAUCGGGUUUGGAAAGUUUCAAUGGAAGCUGUCUGUUCUCACUGGCUUGGCUUGGAUGGCUGACGCUAUGGAAAUGAUGAUCCUCAGCAUCCUGGCACCGCAGCUGCAUUGUGAGUGGCGGCUUCCCAGCUGGCAGGUGGCACUGCUGACCUCGGUGGUGUUCGUUGGCAUGAUGUCCAGCUCCACGCUCUGGGGAAAUAUCUCAGACCAGUACGGCAGGAAAACAGGGCUGAAGGUCAGCGUGCUCUGGACCCUGUAUUAUGGCGUCCUCAGUGCUUUUGCGCCUGUGUACAGCUGGAUCCUGGUGCUCCGCGGCCUGGUGGGCUUUGGGAUCGGAGGGGUCCCUCAGUCGGUGACGCUGUAUGCAGAAUUCCUUCCCAUGAAGGCCAGGGCCAAGUGUAUUUUGUUGAUUGAGGUCUUCUGGGCCAUCGGAACAGUGUUCGAGGUCAUCCUGGCCGUGUUCGUGAUGCCCAGCCUGGGCUGGCGCUGGCUGCUCAUCCUCUCUGCCGUCCCUCUCCUCAUCUUCGCUGUUCUGUGUUUUUGGCUGCCAGAGAGCGCGAGGUACGACGUGCUGUCUGGGAACCAGGAAAAGGCCAUCGCCACCUUAAAGAGGAUAGCCACAGAAAAUGGAGCCCCAAUGCCACUGGGGAAGCUUGUCAUCUCCAGACAGGAAGAUCGGGGCAAAAUGAGGGACCUUUUCACGCCCCAUUUUCGCUGGACAACUCUGCUGCUGUGGUUUAUAUGGUUUUCCAACGCGUUUUCUUACUACGGCUUAGUUCUGCUCACCACGGAGCUCUUCCAGGCGGGGGACGUCUGCAGCAUCUCCAGCCGGAAGAAGGCGGUGGAGGCCAAAUGCAGCCUGGCUUGUGAGUACCUGAGCGAGGAAGACUACAUGGACCUGCUGUGGACCACCCUCUCCGAGUUCCCAGGUGUCCUGGUGACGCUGUGGAUCAUUGACCGCCUGGGCCGCAAGAAGACUAUGGCUCUGAGCUUCAUCGUCUUCUCGCUCUGCAGUCUCCUGUUGCUUAUCUGCGUGGGAAGAAAUGUACUCACUCUGUUACUCUUCAUUGCAAGAGCGUUUAUUUCCGGAGGCUUCCAAGCAGCCUAUGUUUACACACCUGAGGUCUACCCAACGGCAACACGGGCACUGGGCCUGGGCACCUGCAGCGGCAUGGCAAGAGUGGGUGCUCUCAUCACCCCGUUCAUUGCUCAGGUGAUGUUGGAGUCUUCUGUGUACCUGACUCUGUCCGUUUACAGUGGCUGUGGCCUCCUAGCCGCCGUGGCCUCCUGCUUCUUGCCCAUUGAGACCAAAGGCCGAGGACUACAGGAAUCCAGCCACCGGGAAUGGGGCCAGGAGAUGGUUGGCCGAGGGACACAUGGCGCGGGUGUCCCCAGGUCGAACUCUGGCUCUCAGGAAUAGUGACCUCCGGUAGCAGAGCUAGUCUUUGAGGCUGCAGAGCCCGGGGAGCUGGCAGAAUCCAGCGGGGCCACUCACAGUCACUGCCGACAUCAAGAACUCACCAGAUAAGGAUGACCUGGACCAACGGGCUUUUGUGUCUUCACUGUGUUUGACCAUGUCCAUCAAAGGUCCCCUCCCUUGGGGAUGAGGCAUUUGCUCCUGGUGGCGGGGGGGUGUCUGUGUGUAGGAGAAGUUCCUGAAUCAUCUGUAGGUCUGCAUGGGAGGGUCCUGGGCUACUGAGUGCCACCUGAGCAGACAGAUGCUAGAAAGAGCUACCCAGGACACACAGUCCAGGCCCAGACUUGUGUGACACCUGCCACCCACCGACCAACCUGUCCAGUAGGUUUCUCCUGCACCCCCGGCCCCAGGCUUUCUUCUUUGGAAUUACAGGUGACCUAGGUAUGUGGCCCAAGCAGCUUUUGCUCGGGCUAGGGAAACGUUCCCUCAUUCUUCCUGUCAAGCCCUCUGGAGUGCUCCUCAGGGCCUGCCCGAGUGGAGACUGGCAGGUGACUGUGUAUUUGAACUUCAGCCUUGUGGCUCCUCCGGGUCUCUUCUGGAGUUGCUGUCGCUGGCUACAGGGGGUCCAGCCAUGACUCUGGGGAAGAGAUAGUCUUGCACAACCUCAGACAGCAGUUUCUCAGCCCCUACCCCAAUCUGGAAAUCAGAGCCUGAGGCCCAAAGGAGGGGAGACUCAAGUCCAAAGCUAAAGCCAGAGGCACCUUCCGAAGCAGCCAAGGCCAGACCAGGGUUUCUUUCUGGACCCUUCCUCAGCUGCCCCGAAUGCCAACUCCCCGGGAAAUAAAGUGGCUGGCUGGGGCUUCAGGACUUUGACUCGUGGGUAGAGCGGCUGACCAACCAGGUGAGGAAUCUCAAGGGUGUGACGCUGACCUCAGGCUCUGAUCAGUCCAGGGGUCCCUGGUACAGAGCUCUGCCUUGCUUUCUUUGUUGCCCCCACUGUCCAGGCUGCCUUAGUCUGGCAGAAGUAAAAUCCUAGGGGCUCAGCCGCAAAGCCCACAGUCAGGACACCUGACGCGGAGGGGGGGACAGGGGUCCCAAGUAUAAACAUGUCCAUUUCAGGGGAACCGGGAGAGGCUGUCUCUGGAGGAACAGCUGGAGUUAGACUUUAUGUAUUCCCAGGUUCUGCAAUGCAUGAGCCAUCUCCCGCGGUGACAGAAGGGGUCCCCCCUAGGAAGAGGGAAGAAGUUGCCAGGUCCCAUCAAAGGCCAGAGGAAACUGACCCAUUGCUCGAUGUAAACAUUGCAAGGAAGUCAAAUGUGUGCGUUCAUCUCUUAUUAAAACUUGUUGGUGAAGGAC